UGCAGCCGCCUGCGGGGCCGGCCAUGGCCGUGCUGCUCUGCCUCGUGUUGCUCGUGUACUUCACAAGUAUAUCUACUGCCCAGACUACUGACUGUCUGCAUUUGAGGGAGCAAUGUAUAAAUGCUGCAAAUGGGUGUGAGAGUUUCUGGAAUGUCAUUGAGCAUGUCUGCAAUAUUUCAGUUCUAGGUAAUAGAUGCAAGGCGGAAGACACUAUUGGAUGUAAUAGAAUCAUCCAGGUCCUGGCUGACGAAUAUCCAGAAUUUAAAAACUGUGUCUGCACUACAGAUGAUUUCUGUAGCAUCACGAAUUUCCUUGGGAAACAGUGCAGCAUUGAUAAAGAAUAUUUGGAAACUGCCUCAAGAUCAGAUACUAGACUGAGUUUUAGGCAAGACAAAUACCCCAAAUACCAAAGACACCUAGAAGAAUUAGAAAACGACUGCAGUAUUGCAAAACAACGCUGCCAAGAAGACCCUUACUGUUUUUUAGUGUAUAAGAGCUUCCAGCGAGCGUGCCGGGCAGACGCAGCCAAAUGCAGGCUCUCAGUGGUGAACCGAGAGUGUUUGUCGGCGUGGAAAGAACUGGGGAAAACAGUACUGGGAAAGUGCAAGUGCUCAGAUCCGCUUCAGAUGAGAUGUGUUAAAAUAUGGAAGGGAAUAUUUAACAACCCUUGUUUGCAAAUCUCAGAAGAGAGUCAAGCUUCAGCAGCUACUGAAAAUGAUGAUGAUGACGACGAUGAUGAUGAUGACUAUGGUGAUGAUCGUGUUGAUGAUGAGAAAAAUCAGGACAUUGACAAAGACAACAUUAGUGUGGAAACAAAAUUACAAUGGAGUUUAUCUGCUCUCUCCAAACAAACAUACAGAGCAAACAGAACCUGUUUGGAUGUGAACAAGGAGUGUGUUGAAGAUGAAGUAUGUAACAAACAGUUGUCCCUGUACCUUAAAGUUUGCUCAGUAAAUAAGUGCAACAUGGAAGAAUGUCAAGCAGCCAUAAGGUUCUUCUAUCAAAACAUGCCUUUUGAAGUUGCCCAGAUGAUGACUUUUUGUGAUUGUACUCAGUCCGAUGAAUCCUGCCACAGAGCCAAAGAACUUCUCCACGGCAAGCCCUGUGCAGUUACUGCAGUUCCACCCCCAUCAUGUCUGAAUGUAAUACAGAAGUGUGAAGAGAAUGAAUUGUGCAGAAAAAAAUACACAACUUUUCAGUCAAAGUGUUGGAGACAGGUGACAAAAAAAUGCUAUGAUGAUGAAGCUUGUCUUGAGACUUUAAUCAAGGGUGACAUGCCGUGUUCUGCAAACACUGAUUGCAAAGCAGCCUACAUUAGCAACUGGGGCACAAUCCUGCGCAUGGAGUGCACCUGCCAGAAUUUACUUCCCACAGAGCAGUCUUUGUGCAAGCUCUUCCAUCACAUGCUUCACAGCAAAUCCUGCUUCAGGGAGUUACGUCAAAUUUCCAUUAAGAAGAGUGUUUUUCAUUGGGUAAAUACAGAAAUGCCAGGAGAAAAGCUUUCCAGAGCACAACUCCACUCUCCUUCAAUUAAUGGUGAAACAGUCUACAUUAUUGCCUAUUCCUCCUGCAUAGUUCUCAUCCUAGGAAUAGUCUCAUUGACUCUCCUAAAGAUCAGAGCCUGCAGAACAAAACAUGAGUCAAGACGUCCCUCGCCAGACCAUUCUUCUGAAACAUUUAUGGUCCAUUAUAAAAGUCGCAGAUGAACUGCUCUGUUGCUUGUGCUUUUUAAGGCUAUUCUUGAAAGUCAGCCUGUGGUGCAUAUGCGAUAAUAAAAUACAUAUAUUAGAAAACCUACUAUAAAUUAUGGAAUUUUGUAGCUGAACAUAAAAAAAAAAUUAUAUUUAUUAACACAUAUUAAAACUUUCAUGGGCUAAAAAAUAAGUAGAACCGUACUCUCUUUCACUUGCAUAGGUUAACAGAUCUGUCCUGAGCUGCACAUUUCCUACAUCUUUAGAUAGAAGUUUCAAUGGUAUAAAUGCUGUAUCAGCAUGAAUUUGCGUAGCAGUAGCAAUCUUUGCAUCUGAUCUGAACUAAUCUAGCAAAAUGAAAAAAAAAAAUCCACUUGGAAAUACUUUAAAGAGUUGUUAAAAAGUACGUAUGUGGUGGUUUUGUACAUAAGAUUCCCAAGCACCUCAUGCCACAUCGGUACGGCAGCACCCGCAGGUGGGCUGCCUGUGGUUUGAUAGUGGAGCACUUGGAAGGGGUAGGAAGAGAUCAGGGUUACAGCCAUUUUCAGCAUGAAAAUGAAUUAAACUCUGACUGUCUGAGCUAAUGCUUUGACUCCAGUAUGUCAUUGCUGAAAAUGAUUAUUCUCUCUUCUCUUUCAAGAAGACAUGAGUGAUCCUUGCCAAUUCAAAUACACCAAUUUUAGAAAGCAUUUUGUGGCUUGAAUGCCCUAGGAGAGAGCCAUUUGUUUGGGGCUGAAGAGAAGUGCCUACUUCUCAAGAGAGAACUUAAGAACCAUCUCAUCAUCUGUGUUUCCUAUUCAUUGUCUCUAGGCAACAUCCAAAGUGCCUAAUUCUCCCUGUGCACUGUACUGGGAGUCACGGUCCUUAACACACCACUCUGGAUCCCACUUUCUGGCUAUGAAUUCUGGAUUUCUCCCCGUAGCUGAGUCAUUUUGCUAGAUUUAUACAUCUGUUUACAAGCAAUUGGUUUUCUUUGUUAUAUCUGUGUAAUGAUCUGGUUCUGGUUAGCACAAGAAAAUGGACUGGCAUUUCUUAUACAACUGUCACCAUGAGUAUGGUACGUAUUGUCUCCUUACGCUAGCAUCUGAUGAAUUGAUUUUAUUUUGAAUUUGAUUAAUUUGAAUUUUGUCUGAAUUCCCCCUAAAUGUAACUCAGAUAAUGAACAGUAUCAAGAAUUAAAUACUCAUUCCACUGAAUUCAGCUCCAGUUUUGACCAUGAGUGAUUUACAUCUAGGGCUAGAAAUGUAUGAUGUGACAAGAAGAGCAGGAAUCUGUACUCUUUAAUGUGACUUUCGCUUCUGGCUUUAGUAGAUAGUGAAAUGAUUUAAGUGUGCAAUUCUAUUGGGGAGAGUUGUAGAAAAUUUUGACAAUUAUUACAACAUGCAUUUUCUCUUUCUUUAGGAUCUGCAUAAACCCAAAUAUUCCUUCUCAUUUUGCAAUCAAGUGCUAUCUCAUCACUAAAUCAGCCUUUGGACUAAAAUGCAACAGAAAAAUUGAAAGCUAGUUAGUUUGUUAAUUAAAGCCAUCUCCUUUAUCAAUCCAGCCAUUUGGAUUGUUUAGUUUACCUCCCACUAUGUAGGUGUUAUGUUAAUAGUCCUCAUCUUAAAACUGAAGAGGAAAAAGGUCAAACUGAAAAUACUCUUUGAGAAUAUAUUCUCAACGAUGUUGGAUAAAACCAUUUUUUUAUAUAAGUAAUAUACCUAUGAUGUGAAUCCUGUGUUGGUUUUCAGUCUGACUUCAAAAAACAAUGAUGCAAUGCUGAACCCUCUGUGUCACCAAAUUGAAGACAUCCGUUUACAUUCAGAUUUAACUAAGUCUCAAUCAUAAAAACAUCUCUUGUAACCUUCUGUCCUAUAAACUUUUCAUUUUCAUGUUAUAUCUAGAUGUUAGGAAGUCUCAGAUGUGUGCUUGGACACGCACUGAUGCACACACACAAGUAUAUAAAAUGUAUUUGAAGCGAAGGGUAAGUAUAUGAGUUAUUCUAACAGACUGCAAGAUAUUCAGUGGCUAUUGUGUUGCUUCUGUAAUUUUAGAGGCUCUAUUCAUACAC